GCACGACCAAACUGUCUCUCAAAAAUGCGGUUCAGUCUGAUCAGCACUCUUCUGGCCUUUGGGACACUGUCCCAGGCUGCCUUCAACAAAGGUGCCAUCAACGCCUUCAAUCGUGUGCAUCCACGCCGAUACGAUGAGAGGCGUGCUGCUGCACCGGCCCCAGAGCAGCCCGCCUUUGAGAAGCGAUCCAAGAGCAAGUUCCUGAACAAGCAUUCUGAAAAGUUUGUUGUCAACGGAUCUGCUAUUCCUGAGGUCAAAUUUGACGUUGGAGAGUCUUAUGCUGGACUGCUCCCGAUUUCUCAGGAUCCUGAUGAGGAGCGCAAGUUGUAUUUUUGGUUCUUCCCUAGUACCAACCCCAAGGCUAAGAAGGAAGAGGUUGUCAUUUGGUUGAAUGGUGGCCCUGGCUGCAGUUCGCUCAGUGGUCUCCUCACUGAGAACGGUCCUUUCCUCUGGCAAGAAGGAACUCUCGCUCCCGUGCCCAACACCUACAGCUGGACCAACCUCACCAACGUUAUCUGGAUCGAACAGCCCGUCGGUGUAGGCUACAGCCAAGGCAAGCCCAACAUCACCAACGAAGUAGAGCUCGGCAAGCAAUUCAUCGGCUUCUGGAAGAACUUCAUCGACACCUUUGAGCUCAAGGGCGCCACCACCUACAUCACUGGAGAGUCCUAUGCAGGCUACUACGUCCCUUAUAUUGCCGAUGCUUUCAUCACGGCCAACGAUGACGAUUACUACAAGCUCGGCGGCGUAGCCAUCAAUGAUCCCAUUAUCGGUGAUGGCACUCUUCAGCAGCAGGCUGUCAUCUUCCCCUACAUCGAGUACUGGUCGAACUUGUUCUACCUUAACCAGACAUACACGAAUGCUCUGCGAUGGACGCAUCAGCACUGCGGAUAUGAGAAGUAUCUCAAGAAGUAUGGAACUUUCCCUCCGCCCGAGGAGAAGUUCCCUGUUCUGCCUGAUCCGUAUGCCGAUACGAACCCCAAGAGCAACUAUACUUGUGAUAUCUUCGAUUAUGCUUACGCCGCUGCUCUUGACUCGAACCCUUGCUUCAACAUUUAUCAUAUCACUGAUACUUGCCCUCAUGUCUACAGCCAGCUCGGCAUUGUCAACCAGGGGGACUAUUCUCCUCCUGGAGCCAAGGUCUACUUCAACCGCACAGACGUCAAGAAGGCUCUCAACGCCCCCAUCGACCAAACCUGGUAUCAAUGCACUCCCAACAAGGUCUUUGGCUUCGGCGACCCCAACUCCAACCGCAGCGACACUUCUCUCGCCCCCGCUCAAAACGACGUUCUGAAGCGUGUCAUCGAGCACACCAACAAUACCAUCAUCGGUGUAGGUCGACUCGACUUCCUCCUCCCUCCCAACGGAACCCUCUUCGCCAUCCAGAACGCCACCUGGAACGGCAAGAAGGGUUUCCAGAAGUAUCCCCAAGACAAGCAGUUCUACGUGCCCUUCCACAUUGAUUAUAAUGGCGGACGACUCAGUGAGGAGGGUAUUGUUGGACAGUGGGGUGAGGAGCGUGGUUUGACGUGGUAUGAGGUUCAGCUUGCGGGCCAUGAACUUCCAGGAUAUACUGCUGGUGCGGGUUACCGCGUUGUUGAGAAGUUGCUGGGAAGGAUCAAGAAUCUGGGAACAAUUGAGAACUUUACUACGCAGAAGGGUAACUUCCAGGGUAACCCUCAUGAGCGCGACUUUAGCGUCGUGAACCCUCUAGGUCUUCCUUGGGGCCAUGGAUUUACCUACGCUUAAGCGUUUAUCUGCGGAUAAUUCUUGACUUAGUAGCAAAAAACCAAAUUAUUUAUUGAGAA